AUGUAUUAUGCAUGUGAAUUCAUAGUCCACCAUGUUCUCAAACCUUUUUUUCGUGGUUUAUUUAAAUGCUUAUACUUUUUUCAUAUUAAUGUUUUACUACCUGUUGGAAAAUUUUUGAUUUACAUGGUACCAAUCAUUCGGCGUAAUAUAAAACUAUUUGGUUUGGAUCCGAUUCAGCGUGUUGCAUUCCAGCUUGACUACUUUGCCUAUGAAUCUAUAUUAAAACCAUGCGGUCAAGCACUCUCUAAAGCAUUACCAAUGUUCGUUACUACAUGUACUGCUAUUGCUGAGAUAGUUGCCAAUUCAAUAAAUACGAUUGCUGGCGCAAUAUCAAUAACAAGCAAUGCUAUCGUUUCUGCGAUGCAAUCUAUUCAUGUGUCAAAUCAAUCCUCAUGA